AUGCCCUCGUUCCAAGACACAACUCGCCGUGAGGCCUCUCCCCCCGUGUCCAGAAACCCCGUCCUGGAAAGGAUGCAGUCGCAGUGGCUAUUCACUGUUGAAGAACUCCUUCUUACCCCAAGUAUACUAGAUGGAAUGUCCCCGACUCAAGAGUUGGCCAAUAGACAAAAAGGUGUCAAUUUCAUAACCCAGGUCGGCAUCAUGUUGAAGUUGCCCCAAUUGACCCUCGCUACGGCCUCUGUCUAUCUGCAUCGGUUCUUCAUGCGCCAAGCCAUGGUUCAGAACAACAGACCCGGUUUUCAUCACUACUCAGUCGCGGCGACUGCCAUAUUCUUGGCCACAAAGGUGGAAGAGAACUACCGCAAGAUGAAGGAGCUGGUGGUUGCAUGUUGCCGGGUCGCCCAAAAGCAGCCAAAUCUGGUGGUGGACGAACAAAGCAAAGAGUAUUGGAAAUGGAGGGACACGAUUCUGCACAAUGAAGACCUGCUCCUUGAGGCCUUGUGCUUCGACCUGCAGCUCGAGCAGCCCUACCGUAUCCUCCUCGGCUUUCUGCGGUAUUAUGACGUCCAAGCAAACAAACAACUACGAAACACAUCGUGGGCCUUCUUGAAUGACUCCCUCAUAACCACCAUGUGCCUCCAGUUAACGCCGUCGGCCAUUGCGGGAAGCGCCUUUUACAUGGGUGUCAAAUUCUCCGGCAUCAGUCUUCCCGACGAUGAAAGGGGCCGACCGUGGUGGGAGCAGCUCGGCCUCGAUCUCCAUGAUAUUCAGCGAGGUUGCAAUCUGAUGGCAGAUGUCUACGAGAACCCGACCCUGCCGCGCCAAGGUCAAAAAGACGCAUAUACCAAAGACGACGAUCUCGCAUUGUUUGAUCGAACACGACAACCUGCCACACCGCAGCCUGAGUUGUCACCCGUCGGCAGUGCAAUAAGUGGGAGCCAAGGCGCCAAACGUGACAGAGAUGUUGCUGACGAUCAAAAUUCUGGUGAAUGGGGAUCCAGCAUGCCAUCACAGCGACCUAUUGGCGAGGACCAGUCAGCACCCUCACCCAAGAGAAUCCGCCGAGAUUCACGGGAUGAUAAUGUCACCCUUCCACAAAGGAUGCCGCACCGUCACGCGGCCACCACUGUAGAGGAUCGUCCGGCCAACGAUUCCAGAAGCACCGGCGACGACGUGCAGAGGAGAAUUGAUGAGAUUGUCAAUGCGUCGUCUGGCAGCAGAGUGUCACAAUCUAAUCAGCACCGCAGGCCAUCGGUCCAGGUCGCACACCCAAGUCAUCCUCGGAGACACUCCUCUGGAGGUUCGAAUUGGAACGGCCCACCCUCGUCUUACAGUAAUGGUCACGCAGAACAAGCACCAUCACAACACCGAGCGGAAAACCGGGAGAACGGCAUGUAUACUCAACCCGAGAGUGGUGACCAUGCGAGAAUGCCAUCUCAGGUACCUCCAGUUCACCCGGCCGACGACAGACCCCCGCAGCCACCAAAACCUGAACCUCCCUCGAACGGUGUCAGUGACCUAGACGACGCUGAAAAGGUCGACUACGGCAGCGAAGAAGGCGAGCUGUGA